AUGGCAGAAGAACAACAUAAGGGUGAGGUUAGUAGUAACAUGGAAGUCAUAGCUGCUAUUCAAGAUAUGGCAAGUGCAAUAAGGGAAAAUCGCAAUGGUAAUCAUCAAGAAGGUAAUGAAGAACGAGUUAUGAGAAUACAAGGUGAAUUUCGUAAGGCUCGACCUCCUAUAUUCAAGGGUACCUUAGAUCCCAUGAUAGCUGAAGAAUGGUUGAGGCAAAUCAAGAGAACCUUGAAUAAUCAAAAAGUGCCGGAAGAUUUGAAAGUAAUUAUUUCAUGUACUUACUUGGAAGGUGCAGCUUAUCACUGGUGGGAAUCAGUUCUUGCUACUCCAGACACUGAAAUUACAACCUGGGAUGCAUUUGAAGUUAUUUUUCUUGAGAAAUAUUUCCCAGACACAGUAAAGCAAGCCAAGGCAAAAGAGUUUAUGUUUCUAUCUAAAGGGGAAAUGACAGUAGCUGAAUACCAAGGUAGAUUUGAGGAACUUAUGCGGUUUGCUCCAGGUAUUAUUCCCAAUGAGGCUACUAAAGCAAAGAAAUUUGAGGAAGGACUUAAUCCUGAGAUUAGGGAGAAAGUAUCGAUUCUAAAGUUAUUGAAAUAUUCAGAAGUGGUAGACUGA